ACAGAAGGGGCCUUUGUGUCCAGGGUGACCCCAAGCUGCAUCGGGAGGAGACGUGUGGAGAGUACCAUCGAUGCAGACUGGCAGACAAAGCUCAUCCAGAGGUGAAGGAGCCAUUCAGGGAGAGAGAAAGAGAAAGACGAGUAGAUUUGGACAAGUGGACUCUCACCUGCUUCGCUGACAAAAAGUACCUGCUGGGGCGUAACUAUGGAAACCACAAAGGUGACGCUGGAGGAGGAGUCGUCGCAGAUGUCUCACAGCAUGAAAGUGUCCGCUCAGAAGAAGAAGAGGACGUUCAUUUCCAGUGAGGAGGAAAGCUUCCACAACACCUUCCCCAUUAUCUCUGCAGAAGUGAUGUCUGUGAAAGAACUACUGGAUAUAGAAAGCUCCUCGCGCCACAGGACAUGGGAAAUCAUGAGGGAUAUGGCCCAAGUAGAGUACCGCAGAACAAAACGGACGUUAUUUGGGAACGAGUGUGAGAAGAUGGAGCGAGAUGUCUCGAGGACCCGCCGUAUUCUACGCUCUCGGGUAGACAAAAUAGCACUUCGAAAUCGGGGAGAAGAGAAGGUUGCAGCACACAAAAGUUACCUGGAAGCUCUAAGUAGAAAGGCCCCUGAUUUCAUCAUCCCUCUGCGCUCUCACACUGUCUGGGAGGGCAUGAGGGUCGUGUUCACAUGCACUGUACAAGGAUACCCUCCUCCUAGGAUCACAUGGUAUAAGGACGGGGUUCCACUCAGAUGUCCUCACCAUGAAUGGAAUUAUACUCCCAAGCUGAAACAUGGCAUAUGCACCCUGGAAAUCAGAAGGUGCUCCCCUGCAGAUGCUGGCAAGUAUAAAGUGGUAGCCAAGAGCGCCCUGGGCCAAGCUACAACUUUUGCAACACUUUUGGUCAACUCAUAUCAAGGAGCUACCUCUGCUUCGGAGCGUUCACAGACCUCCAUACCAGAAGCCCAGUUUGCCUGUGCCUUCUCCCCGAACUGGGUGACAGAGGGAGAGACGCUCACCCUGCAGUGCAUCUUCACCUGUCCUCUCCUGCCCUUCCAACAAGAUGUCACCUGGUACAGAGACGGGGUGCAGUUGGAGCCGUCUAAAACAGUGGCCAUGAAGACUGACAGCGACUUGGCCACCCUGACCUUAGAGCCAAUGCACAAAGAACAUGAAGGACUAUACACUGUGCAGCUCAGGACCAGGUCUGGAACACAGGAACACAGUGCUUUUGUCUAUGUCAAAGAUGCGGCAGCCACAGUGCCAGGGGGUCCAGCCUCUCCUCUGGCUGUCCAGGUAUCAGAUAUAAACAAGGAUUAUGUCUUCCUCACUUGGCAACCUCCCAGUGCUGAUGGAAGCUCACCUGUGGAGGGCUACUAUGUGGAGAAAAAGGAGCUCAGCGAGGAGCAGUGGACCCGCUGCAAUGCACAGAUCCAGAAAGUCUGCCACUUCCCUGUGUUCGGGCUAAAGCCUGGUGCUUACUACCAGUUUAGAGUGUGUGCUGUAAACAAGGCUGGUGUUGGGCGACCUUCUAAACCUACAGAGCCCAUCCUCACCAUGGACCCCCAAGAGGCCGACAGGAAAAUGGUGGUCAGUGUUGACAGAGGAAGGACAAUCACAGUUACCAAAGAUGAGCUGGAAGGUGACGUGACAGCUCCUUUUCCUCCAACCGAUGUGCACGUGUGCGAGGGAACUGACACGUACUUGGUGCUGAGCUGGAGCCCGCCAGAGCCCAGAGGCAGAGAGCCCCUCACCUACCACGUGGAGAGGUCGUUAGCAGGUACAAACAACUGGGAGAGAGCCAGUCUGGACAUGGUGGUCAGUUCCCCUCGCUUCCCGGUGUUCGACCUGGUCAAGGGCAGGAAGUACUGCUUCAGAGUGCGCGCUGUCAACAAGUAUGGAGUCAGUGACCCCUCAGCCCCCAGCGCUCCCGUAUCCUUGAGAAAACCACAAGUCCCACCCAGUCCUCCACACUCACUGAUGCCCCUCAGAGACACAGACACUUCAGUGCAGCUCAAGUGGCAAGAACCCGAGGACAAAGAGGACAUCCUUGGCUACUACCUGUACUACAGUGAGACCGGCAAACAGAACUGGAAAACUAUCAACAACAAGCCUUAUACCAAGACCAGCUUCACUGUACAUGGGCUCAAGACUGGAAAAGAGUAUGUGUUCAGAGCCAAGUCUGUGAGCAGAGCAGGGAACAGCAUCUACUCAGAGGAGUCUCCCCCCAUCACAGUCAAAGCAGCUAUUAGAGUGCCAUCUGCUCCAUCUGCCAUUGUUCUGCUGCUGUGCACUGACUCAGAGAUGGUUGUGGGCUGGAGGGCUCCUGCUCAUAGUGGGGGAGCCCCUGUGCGAGGUUACUACCUGGACAAAAAGGAGGAGGGAGCGGAGAUGUGGAGAGAGGUCAAUGAGAAGGCCGUUCCAGAAAGGAAGCUCAAGGUGUCUAACUUGACCAGUGGGAACUUUUACCAAUUCCGUGUUUUUGCUGCGAAUAUGGUGGGUGUGGGCAAGCCCUCGGAGCCCAGUGAGCCGUUCCUCUGUGAGAAAUGGACAAUGCCAGAGCCAGGCUGUCCUUAUGACGUACAAAUUAAGGAGAUCAGAGACACUUCCCUGGUUGCUGUGUGGGCUGCACCUCUAUAUGAAGGACAAGGACCUAUUAUCGGAUAUAUAUUGGAAGUUUGCCAAGGCGACCAAUCAGACGAAUGGACUGCUAUUAAUGACCAGCCCAUCUCCAGUACACAUUACAAGGUGUCCGGUCUGGAGACAGGGCAAACUUACUGUCUCAGAGUGACAGCAGUGAAUGAGGCUGGAGCUGGAUGUCCCUCUCUGCCCUCUGAGCCUUUCACUGUCACCACUCCACCAGGCUCUAAAGACAUAGAGAUCGGUGUGGAUGAUGACGGCUUCAUCUGUCUGACAUACGCGGCUGAGGAGAUUAAUGAGGAAACCCCUGGUCUCUGGAACAAAGAAUAUUGUGAGCCCAUAGAUGAGAGCAGAGCACAGACACACAGUGAGAAGAACAGGGCCGUGCUCACCUUUACUGAUGCAUCAGAGGAGGAUCUGGGCCUGUACACUGUGGAGGUGACUGACAACCCCAGCAUGUCGUCCAGCUAUGAUUUCACUGCAGAUGACCUAGAACGACUGAAGGAGCUCAGCUGGCAAGUGAGAAAUCCAUUGAUCGGGCUGAAGACAGGUUGGCAGGUGGAGGUGUCAGAAGAAGGCAGGGUGCGUCUGUGGCUUCAAACAGAGAGUCUGAGUGAUGCCGCUGAGCUCCGACUCAUCUUAAAUGACCAGGAAAUCCACAGCACUCCGCAUCGGACGAUCACCUUGGACAAGGCUAAAGGUCUAGUAGAGAUUGUGUUUGAUCCACUGUCCCCAGAGGACCAGGGCUCGUACACGGCCCAGCUGAGAGACGGCAAGGCCAAGAACCAGUUCACUUUAGUCUUUGUGGAUGAUUUGUUUCAUCAGACUCUGGCACUGGCUGAUGCAAAUCGACACAACCAUAAGAGAAAGUUUGGGCCUCAUUUUGAGGAAUAUCUGUCUUGGUCUGUGACAGAUGAAUGUGUAUUGGUUAUCAAGUGCAAGGUGACAAAUACAACUAAGGAGACAACCUUGAAGUGGUUUAAGGAAGGCAAGGAGUUGAAGGAGGCUGUGUACGACCCAGCAUCUGGGCUCAGCUCAUUCACCGUCCCACAGGUUACCCAGGAGGAGAUGGGCACGUACAAAGCCGUGGUGUCUGAUAAGAGAGGAGAGGAUCAGAGUUUCUUAAAAUUAUCGGAUGAAGAGUAUGACAAGCUUCUGCAGCAGCUGAGUAAACAGUGUGCACUGUCAGCCGGGCCGCUAAGUAUCGAGUGCACCGAGGAAGGAUUCAGGCUUUUCUGCUCGCUCAAAUAUUACAUCAACUACCUGAAGACCAGCUGGCUCUUCAAGGAUAAGCCCAUUGACCAGACCAGGACCAGACCUGGCUAUAGUACACAGAAGGUCUGGAUCGAUGUAUUCAACCCCACUGAGAAGGACCAGGGGAAAUACACCUUAGAGAUGUUUGAUGGAAAAGAGACACAUAAACGCCACCUGAACCUGUCAGGACAAGCCUUUGCCGAUGCCUUAAAGGAGUAUCAGAGGCUGAAACAAGCUGCUCUGGAUGCAAAACGAAGGGCACAUGUGAUAAAAGGUCUGCCUGAUGUGGUGGCUAUAAUGGAGGGCAAGACACUGUGCCUCACAUGCUUUGUUGAUGGUGACCCCUACCCAGACAUUUUCUGGCUUCGAAAUGACAAACGGAUCGCCAGCCAAGGCCAGUUUGAUAUUACCAAGGAGCAUAAAUGUACAACCAUCACCAUCAAUAAUGUCACCAUGCAGGAUUCUGGGAAAUAUAGCAUCUUUGUGGAAAACAAAUAUGGCUCUGAGACAGUAGAUGUGACUGUAAGUGUGUAUAAACAUGGGGAUAAGCCGCCAGCUCAUGCUGUGCUAAUGGGUUAGGAACAUUAAAGGAACAUUAAAAUGUGAUAUUAAAGUGCAUACGACAGGUUAGUCUACUAAUUUAAUGAACAUAGCAUUGAUUAUUAUUGAUUUUAAAAAUGUUGCUUAGUUUGCCUAUUUUUAAAAUUUUUAUUUUGGUGAACACUUCCGGCUUAUCCAUGCAUUUGUCUCCAGUAGGUUAGACUACUGUAACGGCCUGCUCACUGGCCUCUCCAAACGAGCCUUAACACAGCUGCAGUACAUCCAGAAUGCUGCUGCUCGGGUCCUGACUAGAACCAGGAAGUAUGAGCACAUAAGUCCUGUGCUCAGGUCUCUGCACUGGCUUCCUGUAGCUCAAAGAAUAGACUUUAAAGCAGCUCUGCUUGUGUAUAAGUCUCUCCAUGGCCUAAGUCCAAAGUACAUCUCCGACAUGUUAGUGCCAUAUGAACCAUCUCGCAAUUUGAGGACUUCAGGGAUCGGCCUCCUGCUGGUGCCCAGAGUCAGGACUAAACAUGGGGAAUCAGCGUUUAAAUUUUAUGCAGCUAAAACUUGGAACAGUCUUCCUGAAGAUGUGAGACAGGCCUCUACUUUGACAAUGUUUAAAUCCAGACUCAAAACAGUUCUGUUUAGCUGUGCAUAUGACUUUUAUUCUGCACUCUUCUCUUUUAAUGUUGAUUUUAUGAUGAUUAUUUGUGAUUAUUUAUGUUUGAUUUGUGUGAUUUUAAUAUCUUUCUUAUUCUGUAAAGCACUUUGAAUUACCUUGUGUACAAAUUGUGCUAUACAAAUAAACUUGCCUUGCCUUGCCUUGCCUUGCCUUGAACAUGAGCACCAGAUAUGACAUGCAGAGGUAAUUACAUAACUGUUACCUGGCAAUCAUGUAAACAAGGGCCAGAACUUGCACAACAGGUGUGAUUGGACUAAUAAAAAUGUACUUUUCUUCUUUUUUUGACUAAUGUUAAACGAUGAUAAAUAUUUACCACAAGUACUAUCCCAACAAAUCAAGUAAUAAUUAAAAAAAAACAACAUGAAAACCUGUCAAAUGCACUUAAAAGGUUAUGAUUGUACUCACUCAUGUUAACCUUUAAUUUGAGCAUUGGAAUAAAGUACUUCUCCAUCUAUUUUACUUUUAGUGUUAUGAGAUUAUUAAGGACGAUGUAAAAUGUAAAUGCAUGUUGAGAUUAAGCUUGUGGAUAAUGAAUAAAUGAAUUAAAGAAAAUAUGCAGAAUAUGUGUCUCAAAAUGUGUCUUAGCUGGUGUAAUGUGAACUGGGGCUAAUGGUUUUGUCCACCACAAGCAAACAGUCCGUGGUGCCAUUGACCCCAGAGCAGAGCUUCACUGUGGUAGAUUCACACUUGCAUUUUAACCAUUGUGUUGUCCUGGGGUCAUUUAUGAUCCCAAAAGCAACUUUGUUACAGCAGAACUCUGUCAUUUCUUUAUCAAAUGGGUUGAAAAUUGUGCCAGUUGUUGACCUCAAUUUCUCUUAUAACUUAG